AAUAAAAGAUCCAUGCAUGAGCCUAGACCAAACUGGCAGGAGCCAUAUAGAAAAUGAGCCAUGCCGGCUUGAUCGAAACAGCUCAGAGUCUGCAGGAAAGACCUUGUCAAUACCACCAGUCAUAUUUGUCCCUUUCUUACACCACUUGAUACAUAAAUUAUAUCUUGAUUUUGAGGCACCCUAGAGGGAAAAGUAACUUUUUUCGGGGUAUUAGGUGAAGCCAAGUACAGAAGCAACUGAAAAAAGCGCGAAAAAUUUACAAAAUGAGGUGGACUAUUGUGCUUCAUGUGUUGUUGAUGUGUGUCAUUUUCGGGUCAUCUGACGAUUCAGAGGCAGAGAUUCUUCUGGACUUCAAAAAAUCUUUAUCCAAUGCUGGUGCACUAAGUAACUGGAAUGAAGAAGUUUCACUUUGUACUGGUGACAAGGGGAACUGGAAUGGCUUGCUUUGCCUUAAAGGCAGCUUUUUCGGGUUGAGACUCGAAUCAAUGGGACUCUCAGGGAUCAUAGAUGUUGAGUCCUUAUCAAAGUUGCCAUAUCUAAGGACAGUGAGCUUCAUGAACAACAACUUCAAUGGACCAUUUCCUGGUAACAUGAAUAAAAUGUCGAGUCUCCGAGCUCUUUACCUGUCAAAUAACAACUUCUCUGGGGAGAUACCAGAGGAUGCUUUCAAGGGUAUGAAUUUAAUGAGAAGAGUUUAUCUGGGGAACAAUCAUUUCAUGGGGAAAAUCCCGAAGUCCCUUGCAGGUUUGUCCAAGCUUGUGGAUUUGCAGCUGCAAAAUAACAAGUUUGUAGGAAGAAUUCCUAACUUAAAACAGAAAGAUUUGAUAGCCAAUUUCACUAACAACAAGCUUGAAGGUCCUAUUCCAUCUGCUCUAAGCGAUGAGCCUUCAAGCUCUUUUGCUGGAAAUAAUCUGUGUGGUGCACCUAUGGCCGAAUGCCCACCUUCCAAGAAGAAAUCUGUCCCGAAAGUUGCAAUCAUUGUUGCUGCUGCUGUGGCGAUUGCUUUAGCUAUCAUCAUUAUUAGUUCAUUAUUGUUGCACAGACAAAACAGAAGCAAGAGUAAAGCAUCAAACAUCAGAAAGCAACCAUCAGCAGAAACUGAAAACAAUGAGACUUGGAUCAAAUAUAACUAUGAUCAAAAGAAGGAAGUUGGAUUGCCCAAGCACACAACAGAUAAGUACAAGAAAACUGAGCCUGCUGGAAAACUACACUUUGUUAAAAACGACACAGAGAGGUUCGAGUUGCAAGACCUUCUGAGAGCUUCUGCAGAAGUCUUGGGCAGCGGAAGCUCUGGAUCAUCAUACAAAGCAAUCCUUCUGAGUGGACCAGCUGUGGUUGUAAAGAGGUAUAAGCAGAUGAGCAAUGUGGGUAAAGCAGAAUUUUACGAGCAUAUGAGAAACUUGGGAAGUCUAUCACACCCGAAUUUGCUGCCUCUUGUGGCGUUUUAUUACACAAAGGAAGAGAAGCUGUUGAUCAAUGACUUUGCUGAAAAUGGCAGCUUGGCUAGUCAUCUCCACAGUAAUCCCAAACGUAAUCAACCACGACUUGAUUGGCCAACGCGCCUAAGAAUCAUCAAAGGAGUAGCCAAAGGAUUGGAACAUCUGUACAAAGCCUUUCCUAACCUACCUCUACCUCAUGGUCACCUCAAGUCCUCCAAUGUGCUACUAGACGAGACAUUUGCACCAUUGCUAGCUGAUUAUGGUUUAGUCCCCAUGAUGAACAAAGAACACGCCCACCACUUCAUGGUAGCCUACAAGUCCCCUGAGUCCUCCCAAAAUGACCACCGCCUCACGAGAAAAACAGACGUCUGGUGUCUAGGAAUCCUGAUACUCGAGCUGCUGACAGGAAAAUUCCCAGCAAAUUACUUGAGGCAGGGGAAGGGAGGGAACGCGGAUUUAGCAAGCUGGGUAAACUCUGUAGUCCGCGAAGAGUGGACAGGGGAGGUUUUCGACAAUGCCAUGAAAAGGACUAAAAAUGCAGAGGCUGAAAUGCUGAAGCUACUAAAAAUUGGAAUGUGCUGCUGUGAAUGGAAUGUGGACAGGAGGUGGGAUCUCAACGAGGCUAUCGCGAAGAUUGAUGGUCUUAAAGAGGGAAACAACGACGAAGAUCAAUCCUCUUAUGCAAGUGAUGGGGAGGCCUAUUCGUCGAAAGGAAUGACUGAUGAUGAGUUCACUUUCUCAGUCACUGGUUGAGUAUCUUGAUCAACAAGUCAUGGUUUGCAUUUGUUAGUUCUUGAUUUGUUGAAACUUCUAUUUGAUUAAUUUGGUUGUAGUUUGUAAUCUGAGGUAAUUCUCUGUAUUUAAAAUCUUCCCUAGCUUAUUAAGUUCAAUCUUUUGUUUGUUA